UGGUUGGUCACUUCCUGUUGGGAAGAGCAACAGCAGACAUCCACCGUGUUCUUCAGGGGGAUCCUGUGAGGUUGGCUGUAGACACCUGCAGCGGGACCAAUGAGCAAGGUGCUUCCAGCCCAAAGGCAGUGCAGGCCUGAGAGAAGCAGGACGAGGAGCACUUCCCAGUAAUGCCUGCCUGGAGGAACUCCGGACCUUUAAGCCUCAUGAGAAUAGAGCUCAGGAAUGCAGCCCAGCUUGGAGCUCGGUGUCGACAUGCAGUAGCCACGUCGUGGGGGGGAUGCUGUGGGACGCGAGGAUUGAGGUAGGAUGGACCUGCCCCCCUGCCUCUGCCCCCAUGUCCAAUAAGAAGAGACCCGGCUUGACACCUGCCUAUAUACAGAGGACGACAGCAACGUCUUCGGCGCUGGUCUUUGGAGGGGGGGGGGGGGGGGAACACCAGCCCAAAACAUAACACAGGAUCAGGCCAGAGCGGGGGGCUCGUUGGUACCAUAAAACCCCCCCAAGACUAUGACUUCCAGUAAAAUUGAGAUGCCAGGGGAGGUGAAGGCAGAUCCUGCUGCUCUGAUGGCAUCUCUGCAUCUGCUGCCUUCUCCCACUCUCAACCUUGAAAUCAAAUACACCAAGAUUUUCAUCAAUAAUGAGUGGCAAAAUUCUGAAUGUGGGAGGAUAUUCCCAGUAUAUAAUCCAGCAACAGGAGAGCAGAUCUGUGAGAUCCAGGAAGCUGACAAGGUUGAUACGGACAAAGCAGUGAGAGCAGCUCGCCUUGCUUUUUCCCUGGGCUCAGUUUGGAGGAGAAUGGAUGCGUCAGAAAGAGGCCACCUUUUGGACAAGCUAGCAGACUUGGUUGAAAGAGACAGGGCAAUUCUUGCUACUAUGGAAUCACUGAACAGUGGCAAGCCCUUCUUGCAAGCUUUCUAUGUAGAUCUUCAAGGAGUUAUAAAAACCCUGAGGUAUUAUGCUGGCUGGGCAGACAAAAUCCAUGGAAUGACCAUUCCUGUAGAUGGAGAUUAUUUUACGUUUACAAGACACGAACCCAUCGGAGUGUGUGGACAGAUCAUCCCUUGGAACUUCCCCCUGCUGAUGUUUGCAUGGAAGAUUGCUCCAGCUCUGUGCUGUGGCAAUACAGUAGUUAUUAAACCAGCAGAACAAACACCACUCAGCGCUCUCUAUAUGGGAGCCCUCAUCAAGGAGGCUGGCUUUCCACCAGGAGUCGUCAAUAUUUUGCCAGGAUUUGGUCCAAUUGUUGGUGCAGCCAUAGCAGCUCAUGUUGGCAUUGAUAAGAUUGCUUUUACUGGAUCCACUGAGGUUGGAAAGCUGAUCCAAGAAGCAGCUGGAAGGAGUAAUUUGAAGAGAGUUACACUGGAGCUGGGUGGGAAAAGCCCAAACAUUAUUUUUGCAGAUGCAGACUUGGACUAUGCUGUGGAACAAGCUCACCAAGGGGUCUUCUUCAACCAAGGUCAAUGCUGUACUGCAGGCUCACGGAUUUAUGUGGAAGAAUCAAUCUACGAAGAGUUUGUUAGAAGAAGUGUAGAACGUGCAAAGAGGAGAGUUGUGGGGAGUCCUUUCGACCCAACCACAGAACAAGGCCCACAGAUUGAUAAAAAACAAUACAACAAGAUCUUGGAACUGAUUCAGAGUGGCAUUACUGAAGGAGCAAAACUUGAAUGUGGGGGUAAAGGACUGGGAAGAAAGGGCUUCUUCAUUGAACCCACAGUGUUUUCCAACGUAACAGAUGAUAUGCGGAUUGCCAAGGAGGAGAUUUUUGGACCUGUUCAAGAAAUACUGAGAUUUAAAACCAUGGAUGAAGUUAUAGAGAGAGCCAACAAUUCUGAUUUUGGACUGGUAGCUGCUGUCUUUACAAAUGACAUAAAUAAGGCCUUGACAGUCUCUUCAGCAAUGCAGGCUGGGACAGUUUGGAUAAAUUGCUACAACGCCUUAAAUGCUCAAAGCCCUUUUGGAGGAUUCAAAAUGUCUGGCAAUGGAAGAGAGAUGGGAGAAUGCGGAUUGAGAGAAUAUUCUGAAGUUAAAACUGUGACAAUAAAGAUCCCUCAGAAGAACUCCUAAAAUGAUGAAGGACCACAUUGUGCAGAAGAGCACAUGAUACCAUUCCUCUAUUCCUUAUGGAGACCAGCACUCAGGAAUAAAAAGUGUUACACAAUAUAUAUUUAAGAAAUUAAGUUGCAGCAUAUAUGCUGGGCAUGUUAACUGUGUAGGUAAUGCAAACCAACUCUGCAUGUUUUCAUAAAACUCUCCUGAGAAUCAUUACAUCUUUAUAAAACAAAUCAUAACAAGAGAUAAAGUUGCUGUUGGCCAUAAUUUAAUCAUGGUUCUAGCUAUGAAACUGUUAAAUGCAAAUGCAUGCACACACACAUUUAUCUCUUCUUUAAAUAAACAAAGUAGUUCUUACUCCUUUCAAACUGACUUCUCAAGCAGACCUGCCUUGUACUAACACUCUAGUUUCAUUCAGAACUUUACAAAGCAAAUUUUACCCAAAAUGCUAGCAGUGAACAACAUAGACCAGUACCAUUGAUGUUCUUUAAAAAAAAAAAAGACUCUGAAUAUUAAUGAGCCAGAAAAAGAUGUACUGGCAAUUUUCCUAUUAGCAUGCUCACAUAAAGAGGUCGGAUUAGGGAGAGAAUCAAACCAUUGUAUGGACAAUGAAAUGCAAAUACUUAGCAGCAAGAUUUGGCUUUCAGAACCCACAGCAAUUUGGGUUUCGGAGUUUAUUUUCAUAGUUAUUUUCUGUCUUGCUAUAAGGAAGAAUCCUCCCCUCAGAGGAACUUGAAAGGUUUUACCUGCCUGCCAAAAGAGCAUGGCCAGAUAGGGUGGGAGGGUGUUAAGGAGAACAGGAGCAGAUGCUGAGGCUUCACAGACUAUUUGCUUGGCACGUUUUGGUCUCGUUACUGCUGUUGGUUUCACUUUUUUUCAAGUAAGUAUAUGCACACGCAGACUCCAUUUAUUUGUCUACUACGAGCUGCCUGUGAUUACACUGGGAAUUAUUCCAUAUUCAUUACAGCAGGAAGAACCCAGCAGAAGGCCACCUGACAAGAAGUAGGUUUGACUUUAUUUUCUCGCUAAAUGGUGGCUUGCCCUCCUCACUAUGCUUGUGAGCCUCAGGUGAAGCUUAGUGGGUAGUACUGACUUCUCAGUUAAUGUCUGCUCUGUUUUGGGGUUUUUUUUGUUUAGUUUUUUUUUUUUCAGCCCAGGGCAAAAAUAUGAGCAAGUUCUCUUAGAAGUGAGGUGUUUAAAACCUGUCACAUUAUUACUUGCUGCCCACAGAAUCUCUUCCAACUUGUGACUAAAACUAAACACCAUCUCUUUCUUCUUUCCAGCUGGAAGGCUCAUUGAAUCCCCAGACUUUUUAAAAAGAGGUUUCAUUUUAUUUCUUAACUUAGAAUUACAGACAUUUAUUUUUAAAGUAGAGUGAAUAAUCUACAAUGUGUAGGUACCCUCUUUGGAGUUUAAGAACAGAAUUAUGGCCUCAGGUGUAACAGUUUUCCUAGCUGCAAAGUCUAUACUAUAAGCUGCUGAAAACUCCAGACCUGAUCAGCAAAUCAUUUCUGCACAUUCUUAACUUCCUUUACUCUCCAAGGAAUUAUUCUUAGAUGUGAAAUUGUGUGUGUGUCCUUAAACAUACUGCUGGAUCAGAACAAGAGUAUCCAGCACUUUGUAGUGUGGUGGUCCUCAAUAUUUUGUAUUUUGACAUUCUAACUCAUGUCAAACUGUGUAUGUGUUUUGAAAGCAAUAGAGCUAUACAUGAUGUUACUCAGAAAUAACAGCGCAUUCACAGACAUGGAGAUGAAUCAAAAUAUUGAGUUGUUAAAUGCAAAUGCCAUAUAACUGCUUCUGUAGUUUGUCAAAGUGAAGAAAAACAAAAUACAGAAAAUAAGAGAUUAGUUAUCUUUCAAAUGACGAUAUAAAAUGUGAAAAGGGAGAAUGUGCUUCUUUUCUCCUAUUUACUUAAAAGAGAAACUUCUUGUGCUAACAGCAUUUACACCGUGUACUCUUUUGUAUUCCUUUUGUGUAUUUUGUAUGUCUGUGCUGUACUCCCAGUACAUUCAGGUAAAUAAUGUAGAGUUGCCAUUUUACUCAAUCCUGUCACUGCAGCUCCAUACAAUGUACAUGGAUUUGUGAAAUCCUUUUUUUUUUUAAAUGUACCAUCUGCAUGGAUCCAACACACCAUUCUUCCAGUCCCUGCAGCUUUUUGUUACAGUUUUUAAUCAUGUAUAUAGUUAUAUGUUAUUAAAAAAAGUAAAAGGAUAUUUUCUAUGAAGUUUUUUCCAUUAAAAAGGUUUAGAGAAAGAC